UGUUGACUCAAAAUUCAGUAAACUCCGCGCCGUUUUUCCUCCACCGGCAUGGAUAAGAUUAUGUCCUACUACUUCUUACAGAGAAUAGCAAUCCAAGCUCCAUUCGUCCAUGGAGCUCUGCAAUGUAUUCUCUAUCACCACUCCCAUGAAACUAAAACACUCAUAUCCCAAUCUCAAAACCCAAGCCCGUUUAGUUAAAUGCUCGGCGGAUACUACGAAUCGCCGACUCAAACUCGCGGAGUCACUCCAGGACGAGACGUUCAGGAUUCUCGAAUGGCCGUCGGUGUGUACCCAGGUUUCUUCCUUCACUUCUACCACCAUGGGAACUUCGGCUGCCCUAGAUGGUCUAGUUCCUAUAGGAAGGAGUCCAGAGGAGAGCCGGAGGCUCCUCAAUCAGACGUCCGCUGCAUUUGCGCUUCCUUUUCCGCCUGAUUUCUCCGGAAUCGAAGAUGUUUCGGAUAUCAUCGAGUCUUCAGUCGCUCGUCAGUUGCUUUCCAUAAGAGAAAUUUCUGCGGUAAAACGGACUUUCCGAUCGGCUAGGGAUCUGUUCGAACAGUUGAAGAAGAUUUCUCUCCAAUCGGAAAGGUACUAUCCUCUGCUUGAAAUUCUUCAGAAUUGCAAUUUUUUAACGGAUCUGGAGCAGAAAAUAGAGUACUGUAUAGACUCCAAAUUCUCAACCAUACUCGACAGAGCCAGUGAAGAUCUAGAGAUCAUUAGGUCAGAAAGAAAAAGCAACAUGGAAGAUCUGGACUCUCUGUUGAAAGACAUAUCAACUAAGAUUUUUCUAGCCGGAGGUAUUGACAAACCAUUGGUAACCAAACGUAGGUCAAGAAUGUGUGUUGGCAUCAGAGCUUCUCAUAAAUCAUUACUUCCAAAUGGUGUCGUUUUGGAUGUUAGCAGCUCUGGAGCAACAUAUUUCAUGGAACCCAAAGAGGCUGUAGACUUGAACAACAUGGAAGUAAGGCUUUCAAAUGCUGAGAGGGUUGAAGAACAAGCCAUAUUAGGGUUGCUCACAUCUGAAAUUUCACAAUCAGAGUCUGAGAUUAAGUACUUGUUAGAUAGAGUUUUAGAGGUUGAUUUUGCAAUUGCAAGAGCUGCUCAUGCUCGAUGGAUCAAUGGAGUAUGUCCACUCAUAUGUGGUUCUGGUUCUGUAGAUAUUGAAGGUAUACGCCAUCCUUUGCUUCUUGAAGCCUCUCUGAAACAAGGAGUGAUGGGUCAUCAAUCUUUUGAUUCAUUACCAUUUCCUGUUCCUAUUGACAUCAAAGUCAGAGAUGAAACAAGAGUGGUUGUGAUCUCAGGGCCUAACACUGGAGGAAAAACUGCUUCCAUGAAAACAUUAGGAUUGGCAUCUAUUAUGCUGAAGGCUGGCAUGUAUUUACCUGCUAGAAAUCAACCAACCCUUCCAUGGUUUGAUCUUAUUUUAGCAGAUAUUGGAGAUCACCAGUCUCUGGAACAAAGCCUCUCAACUUUCAGUGGCCACCUGUCACGAAUUUGCAAGAUGUUGGAAGUGACCUCAAGACAAUCACUCAUUCUUAUCGAUGAAAUUGGAAGUGGAACUGAUCCAUCAGAAGGGGUGGCACUUUCCACCAGCAUAUUAGAGUAUGUUAAAGAUAGAGUCAACUUAGCAGUAACAACUACACAUUAUGCAGAUUUAUCUCUUUUAAAGGAAAAGAAUUCCCAAUAUGAGAAUGCAGCAAUGGAGUUUUCUUUAGAGACUUUACAACCCACGUACAAAAUACUUUGGGGAAGCACAGGCGAGUCAAAUGCAUUGACCAUUGCUAAAUCAAUAGGGUUUGAUGAAAAAAUAGUUGAACGAGCACAAACAUGGGUGAAAAGAUUGAUGCCUGAUAAGGCUGAGAAGCGAAAAGGUUUGCUUUAUCAGUCGUUAAUGGAAGAAAAAAAUAGAUUGGAAAUUCAGGCUAACAGAGCUGCAGAUAUAUAUUCGAAUACCAUGACUCUGUAUAAUGAGAUCAGGGAUGAGGCAGAUGAUCUUGUGGGACGUGAGGCUGCUCUUAAGGCGAAGGAAACUCAAAAAAUCCAAAAGGAAAUAGCAACAGUGAAAUCUCAGUUAGAGAAAAUAGUGGAGGAUUUUGAAGCUCGAAUUAGAACUACAAGUAUUGAUCAACUUAAUACGCUUCUUAAGGAAUCCGAAUCUGCCAUUUCAUCAAUUGUUGAAUCUCACAAGAAUGCUGAAGAGUCAUCUGUCAUAAAAACCGAUAGGUCUACAUUUACAGUAAAGCUUGGAGACCAAGUAAUUGUGAGCGGAUUAGGAAACAAACAGGCAACUAUAGUCGAGCCACCUGGCACAACCGAUGGCACUGCCCUUGUUCAAUAUGGAAAAAUUAGGGUUCGUGUGAAUCUAAACACCAUAACACCUCUUCCCAACACUGAUAUCAUUCAGACUCCAAAUUCAAAAUCAAACAUAAAAAAACAGGGAGGGACACGGAGGAUUAAAAGCCUUAAGAAUUUAUCAGAGGGAAGCAAUAGUGAAGUGGUUUCGUAUGGACCGGUGUUGCAGACAUCAAAAAACACGGUUGAUUUACGUGGUAUGCGAGUGGAGGAAGCGUCUCACAAUCUUAAUUUGGCGAUUAAUAUAACCGGGUCUAGCUCGGUUUUGUUUGUAAUCCAUGGGAUGGGUACGGGAGUUGUGAAGGAAUGCGCGCUCCAAAUAUUAAAAAAACAUCCGCGGGUUGUCAAGUUUGAACAGGAUGGUCCGACUAAUUAUGGCUGUACAGUUGCUUACAUCAAAUGAAUAUGCGGUAUGUAAUGUGCAUAAAAUGUCAUUUAAGAAUUUGCUUUUUUAUUUAGGAAAAAUACAGAAAAUCGUAUUGAUUUGGCCAUCUAAUUAUUUUUGUAGUUAAAUCGU